CAAAAGAAUGUUCUUGUGUUCUGAAACUUUAGAAAUGUGAGUUGUUAAAAUGGCUCCUAUGGAUAUUUAAGAUAUACGCUGUUUUGUUUACAAAAAAUGAAUAUAAGUGCUAUUCAUUUGCUCUCUACCUCAUUUGUUCUUAUUAAUCUGCUUUUGGAGCAUUUGUAAGCACUGAUGUUUAAGUUUGUUCAGAGAAUAAAAGAGUCCAAACAGAUCUUGAGCGUGGAGUGUGACGGGAGGGUUUUACUGGAUGGAAGAUCUGCUUUGUUUGAACAGAGAAUAGUAGCUUUACUCCACAGGAAAGGGAAAAAGGAAAUGGCUCAGUUUGCAAACACGGUGACGCCUAAAGACCUUUAACUCGGUGAACUGAGCACAGGAGUUCACAGAAUACAGCAGCCCUGCAGAGACACAAACAGCAUGUUUACUGUGGGAGCUUCGCUCUAGUGCUUUUAUGGGACAAGAGUUUCUGGAUACAAGAGUCUCUUUCAGGAAGUUAUGAGAGUCUUGCAGCUGUUUGUUCUAGGUGACAUGGAACUACGACUACAGCGAUUCAUCAGGACUGUCCUGCUUCUGCACGUCUGCUGGCUCUGGAGUGGCCAGUGUUUGUCCGUCCCCUUCACAAACCAGCAGUUGCUGUAUGUAAUCAAAGGCCAGAAUCUGAUCCCACAGGCACAAAUCGAGCUGCUGGAUGGUGAACAUGUUGUUAAAGAGACAUUGGACCAAAUUGCAAAGACUUCUGGGACGAGUUCAGCAUUGGCUGAGUUUCCUCAUAAAGUCUCAGAUGGGAUAGUAACACUGGAACAACAGGGAGCCACACUGAAGAUCAGAGAUUAUCAAGCAGCAGACGCCGGCGUCUACACGGUCACAGUUCCAGACCAGUCAGGACAGAGACUAUCUGCACAGCGAACCGUUCAAGAGUAUCUGGCGGUGCAUCACGUGUCGGUGAUGGUGAAUGUGUCUCACUCGGUUCUUCACUGUAUGGAGGCGUGGGGAACUGAACCCACAUUCACUUGGCUGCAUGAGCAAGUGGUUGUAACGGAGAAAGUGGGUCGUGUUUCGGCAGAUGGGACGUCUCUGUACGUCUCCGGUACCUUCUGCGGACACUUCACCUGUGUGGUGAGCAACAAACUGGGACACAGUUCAGCCACAUACACCGCAGAGGCGUGUGAAAGCACAAACAGGAGCACGACUGCUGUCGUUGUGUUUCUGCUGCUGAUACUGACGCUUGCAGCCGCAUCUCUGGCCUUUAUACUGUGGAGGAGACACAGGCGUGGAUAUAACCGAAGGGAGAGACUGAGAGAGCCGUAUGAUGAGUCUCUGUGAGCUGAUCUCAGGACACUUUUACUGCGUUACUGACGAGAGCUGAUGGACGCUUUCAGCACACCUUUUGAUACUUUAUUGAUCAAUGUAUUAGACUUUUGUUAUUUUAUUAGACUUCCUGGAAAGAUAGUUAUGCAUAUUUAUUUAACCAAGGUAGACUAGCAUCAUCAGGAGGUUUAGUUAAUGCAAUCCUUUCUGAAAUACUUGUCAGUUAUGACAUUCUGACAUUAAUAUGAUGGCCACUAAACUAUUAAUUGACCAUUGUCCUAUAUCAAUAAAUUAACAUUUGG